CCGAGGCAGUGUUUUUAAUUUGCGGAACAGGGAAAUGAGUGAACUAGACCUGCGCAUCCUGUAGUUUUACAGACCUAUUGAGAUUGAAUGAUUUCCUGUUUUUGUAUUAAUACACUGGACUGUCUCGUAUUAACCUCAGCUUGUUUCCGUCGCUGAAAGCAGCCGCAGGGACUUCCUUGUUUACGCUGUGUUGCAGCUCAAAGCUGCUCUGCUGAGCUAAAAUGACGGGGGACGGUAAAAGUCAGGCGGCUUUCUUUAUCAUCGCUGCGGGGCUCAUCUCUGUCUUAAUCGCGGUGGUUUCAGCAGCCCAGCCGCCUCACAUCGUCUUCAUCCUGGCCGAUGACUUCGGCUGGUAUGAUGUGGGCUAUCACAGCUCGGAGAUCAGGACGCCAAACUUGGACAAACUGUCGGCUAAAGGGGUCCGCCUGGAGAACUACUAUGUCCAGCCGGUGUGUACCCCCUCCAGGAACCAGCUCAUGACUGGGAGGUACCAGAUCCACACGGGCAUGCAGCACCAGAUCAUCUGGCCAUGCCAGCCCUACUGUGUCCCUCUAGAUGAGAAACUGCUGCCUCAGCUACUGAAGGAGGAGGGCUACAACACACACAUGGUGGGCAAGUGGCACCUGGGCAUGUACAGGAAGGACUGCCUGCCCACGCGCCGAGGCUUCGACACAUACUUAGGUUACCUGACAGGAAGUGAGGACUACUUCACUCACGAGCGCUGUUACAACAUCACUCCUCUGAACCUGACCCGCUGUGCGCUGGACCUCAGGGAUGGGGAGGAGGUGGCCACCGCAUACAAAGGAGACUAUUCCACUGAGCUGUUCAGUCAGAGAGCCGUCAGCAUCAUCAAAAAACACAACUCCAGUGAGCCACUCUUCCUCUAUGUGGCGCUGCAGGCGGUGCACUCACCCUUGCAGGUACCAGAGCGCUACUUGACCCCCUACAGUUUCAUUGAAGACCCUCAUCGCAGGCUGUACGCCGGCAUGGUGUCGGCCAUGGAUGAGGCUGUGGGCAACAUCAGCCUGGCUUUGCAGCAGGAAGGACUUUGGGACAACACGGUGCUUGUGUUCUCCACAGACAACGGAGGUCAGACAGUGUGGGGUGGCAGCAACUGGCCACUGCGUGGGAGGAAGCUGUCGCUGUGGGAAGGAGGGGUACGGGGAGUGGGAUUUGUCUCCAGCCCGCUACUGGAAAAACCUGGAACCAUCAGCCGUGAGCUCAUCCACAUCUCCGACUGGCUGCCCACUCUCGUUAGCCUGGCAGGCGGGAGCACCAACGGCACAAAGCCGCUGGAUGGGUUCAACAUGUGGAAGACAAUCAGCAAAGGCUUUGCCUCGGCCAGACAGGAGCUUCUGCACAACAUUGACCCUUUGUACUAUGACCUCGCUCCAUGUCCUGGCAGCCAGAGUCAGUUAACUUUGGCUCCGCAGGUCGCUGAAGACCGGUGGGCCAACUCUAGCUUCAAUGUGUCCAUUCAUGCAGCCAUUCGAUCGUCAAACUGGAAGCUGCUGACUGGAUACCCAGGCUGUGAAGUUUGGUUCCCCCGACCCGGCCACAACAGCUCUGAGUCCGGGCUCUCGAAGGUGGACCCAAUGAAACCCAUCAUGCUGUUUGAUGUAGAAAAGGAUCCCGAGGAGAGAAAUGAAGUGUCAGCUCUGUUCCCCGAAGUGGUUGACUAUCUCCUUACUAGACUCCAACAGCACCAGAAAACUGCACUGCCCAUAAACUACCCUGAUGAUGACCCCAGAUGUGACCCGGGCCCCACUGGAGCCUGGGGGCCGUGGGCUUAGAUGGAGACAACAGAGGCAUAAUGAAGGUUCCUAUUUGCACUUAGUUUACUUUGAUUUCUAACAGUAGGGAACUUGUAAAUAAUGUUUUUUAUGAACAAAUUCUUUCAAAUUAUGAUGUCUGUAAAACAUGAUAGAUCUAUCUAAAAGUCACCUUUUUCAAAUUGAUCUCUUAAUUCCUCCAAUACUUUCUUCUUCUGGUGCGUUUUUGGGAGGACCGUAUCCGGUGUCUGUAGAAUUUGCACUUCUUUUAUCUCCUUUUGAGAAAAUCCAGACAGAAAGAAAGCACAUUGAAGCAGCAGUGCACAAACUAGUAGUUAACUAAACUGUGGUUGGCUCUAAAGUAUUUAAAGCAGCCCUUUUGAAUAAUUUGUAAUCCAGAAUAAAUGAAGUAGCUUUUCUUAAAGGGGAAAAAAAACAAUGUACUCUGGUGAUGCCAAAAACAAAUCAUCAACAACUGCUUUAGGAAAAGACCUUUAGGAGCGCUGACCUAAAUGACUUUAAAUAAUAUGUCAUUAUUAUAUAUAACCCCCAUAUGUUUUGAAUAUGCAAUACUUUAAAUAUAAUGUUAUUAUAUAAACACAGACUUCCAAACGUUUAUACCUCCACCGUGGUAAUGUUCUGGUUCACUUCCUCACGGCAAGAUAUCCAAUUUUUCAUAUUGGUAUUUCAUAGCUUCAGGACAGCAGUUGUCUUCUGACACGUUUCCAUUAUAUAAUUAACCAAACUACUCAAAAUUGGGAUUUAUUCAUCUGUUUAUUUGAAAUUAUUUUUUUCAGACACAGAAGGGUCAGAAGAUGGUGUUUUUACACUCUUUUCAUGGAGCAAAACAGCAGAGCUGUUUGAAUAGGUCAUUGUUAUGGGUUCCUUAUGGUCCACCCUCUUUGAAUGUAUAUGAACAAAUAAAAUGAAUUUGGCAGGCCAGAUCAUUAUAUUGCGAGUUUAUACUCUCUGUGAUUGAAUAAAGUCAACGUUUUGUCUUA